AGCAAUCAAACGGCAGACACCUUCUCAUAUGAUGAUAACGCGACCCUCGAACUAUCACAGGUGAAAAGCUCAAAGUGCGCGAUGCUCCCUACGGACAAAUGCGACGAGGCUUGUGUGAUGCCGGGCUACCACAGCAGCGCCGCAAGCUCCGAAUCCUUUUCAGCAGUCGCCUUUCAUACCAUUCCGUUCAUUCUCUCAUUCCUCGGAGUCGCUCUUCUUGCCCUUUAUAAGUUCUUUCCCCUGGUAUCAGGGUUACAGCAAUCAAGAGACGGGGAUGGGAAUUAUCUCCCAAGCGAUGCGCCACCUAGUUUGCGACAAUCGCACGCUGAACAUGGCGCAAGAUCUGCGCGACGACGGAUUGUCGCCAUCUCCUUCUCUACCACGAUAGCACUCGCAGCUGUUCUUGCUGAGUUGAUCCUUUGCGAAAUCUCAAACUCCUUGCACCCUUCUGCUAGAUCAGCAGCCCUCAAGAUAACGGUACCAACACUUCUAUUCUUCCUCGUCGUCUUGAUCCCACUUCUCGAACUGAGUUCCAUCAUCUCUGGUUUUGGGUGGUCUUUUCGGAGAACAGACAGCGGCAAAGUGCGCAAAACGCCACUGUUCUUACAGAUGGGGGCGUUCACAUUAUGGAUCAUGGGCUUCUGGUGGCUGGGAAAGGGGAUACCAGGGACCCAUAUCCACUUAGCAGCAUCUCAAGCAGGCAAGGGACUCAGUGAGGCAUGUUUAGAAAGGAUUGGGAUCAUUGGGAUAUUUUCUAUGGCACUUCUAUCCGGCUUCGCCGCUGUGUCGGCUGCUUGGCAGACAUUUGGUGCCAAAACAAGGCCGGUAACAGAAUCGGAUGUGGCACGCAAGCAAGCUGGCCUGGAUGCCACUAACGAUAUGCUGGCAACAAAGCGAGGCCGUCUUCGCGCACUCCAACACAAUAUGAAGCAAAGUCCUGAUGAAGGAUUCAUGACUAAGGUUAUCGGGACUAUUCGAGGUAGUGCUGAAGCCCAAGAGAUCAAGGCUCUGGAACUGGAAAUUGCAGGCUUGGACUCCAUGGCACGAGGUCUCUCAUCCUCUCUCACACUUUUACAAAACCGACUAGUAUCCAGUCGUCGUUCUUCGUCACCGCUGGGUAAGCUCUUCCUGACGCCUAUAUCUUACGGUUUCUCUCUCUACUGCAUCUUCCGGAUCAUCACCACCACCCUCACCACACUACGGCGCUCAUUCUUCCCAUCCCCCGACACCACAGCGUUUACAUCCUCAACUACCGACCCUAUCAACCGCGUCCUCUCCCUCAUUGCCAACAACGUCGACCCAUCGCUCGACCAACUCGCCUGGUCCCGCCAGAUCUCAUUCGGCCUCUCCGGCAUCAUCCUCCUCGCCUCCUUCAACAGCGUCCUCCAAACCUUCCACAUGCUCACCAAACUCUCGCCCUCGCUCCUCUAUCAAACCCAAGCCAAUCUCGCCCUCAUCACCGCCCAAGUCUCGGCCACCUACGUGAUCUCCAGCGCCCUACUCCUCCGCAGCAAUCUCCCGAAGGAAAUGCGCAGCGUCAUCUCAGACGCUCUCGGCAGCCCCCUGGAACCGGGGUUCGUCGAGCGCUGGUUCGACGGCUGGUUCCUACUCGCGAGCCUCGCCACGGCGCUUGGUAUCUGGGUCGAGAAGUCCUUGUCCCGAGCCGAUUGGGACGAUUGGGAUGAUCUAGAUGGGGAUCUUGAGAUUGGUCAGAAGCGAUCAUGAGUUUGUGAUCUUAGUAUUUGUAUUUGUUGGCUGGCGUUUAUUGGUUUUGGGAUACCUGGACGAGUACGAAUGUAUGGAUUACGUUGUAAUUCCGGGGGGCACCUACGAGGUGUCUAAGGUAGAUCCUAGUCUCGGAAAAUAAA